AUGAUUAGUUGGUGGCUAUUUGUUGUCGUUGGGAUACUCAAUUUAACUACUGCGUUCAUCAUCGAGUCAUUUUUACAUCGACGUGAUUUACAACCGGAUAUAUCAGCGUUUCAGAAUCAACCGCUUGAAGUAAUGAGAAAUACUACCACUAAUUUUCAGGAAUCUCUUGGACAUUCUUCAAAUCAGGCUUGUUCUUCUCAUUAUCAUAAUGUUGAAAGUGAUGAAGAUGAAGCAUCGAAAUAUAAAUCAACGCAUUUAUUAGUAUCAUCAUUAUCUUUUCUCAGAAGACGAUCAUCUACUGAGAUGAUUCCUAUAACGUUGGAUGAAAUAUUCCGGUUUGUUUUCAUUUUAUUGCAAAUUCUAUCUAGUAUAUUCAUUUUGGCCAAGUUUUUUUAAAUUUAUUAUCAGUAGAGCUAUAACUAGCAGACAAACCGAGGACUCACUUUUUAUCGCAUUCGGGACAUUUCAGGUAAAUGCAUCUUCAUCCCAGUGUUGAUGUUCACCCUAAGAUUCAAACCAUUGAAUCUGUCGCUUCAAGCAUUAACUCAGUAUUCACUCAGCUAUUGAGUGAGAAUAUCCAUUAUCUUUUUCAACGGG